CUGCUCAUUUGCCUCCAUCUGGGUUUGUGGAGGAACGUCACCCACUUGUAUUCAUUCCUAACGAGAGUAUAUACUGAGCUCUUUGAAAUGUGAGUAUUAUGGGAAGGAUCGCAGUUGCUUUAAAUUACAGGAGCUGGCAAGUGCCUGGGAGGAGCAGGAGGUUGUUUAAACUGAGGAAGACAGUUGCAAAACCUCCUACAACAGCAUGAACUCCGAGCUUCAAACGCGUUCUCAUGCUCAGACGAGCGCUUCAUUUUUCAUCAAGUUAUUUUUUAUAUUGUUUUGAAGCAGCUUUGGAUAAUAAACACGUAUGCUCUACAUUUUUUUAAUGGUUUCUAACUUCAUGGGACAACCAAAGCCAGAAAGCUUCAUGUUUAGGGGGAACGUGUGAUGUCAGCAAUGCCUAAACAAGAGUCAAAGAUGUUUGUCUUGCUCUAUGUUACAAGUUUUGCCAUUUGUGUAAGUGGACAACCUCGAGGUAAUCAGUUCAAAGGAGAGAGCUACGCCCCAAGAUAUAUCUGUAGCAUCCCUGGCUUACCUGGCCCUCCUGGCCCUCCUGGAGCAAGUGGCUCCCCUGGACCCCACGGUCGGAUCGGUCUUCCAGGACGAGAUGGGAGAGACGGCAGGAAAGGAGAGAAAGGCGAAAAGGGGGCUGCAGGUUUGAGAGGUAAGACUGGACCGCUGGGCCUUGCUGGAGAGAAAGGGGACCAAGGAGAAGUGGGGAAGAAGGGACCCAUGGGACCAGAGGGUGAGAAAGGAGAAGUCGGUCCAGCUGGGCCUGCUGGACCAAAGGGAGACAGAGGAGAGCAAGGGGACCCAGGGCUGCCUGGAGUUUGUAGAUGUGGAAGCAUCGUGCUCAAAUCUGCCUUUUCUGUUGGCAUCACCACCAGCUACCCAGAAGAGAGGCUCCCGAUCAUAUUUAACAAGGUCCUCUUCAAUGAGGGAGAACACUACAACCCUGCCACAGGGAAGUUCAUCUGUGCUUUCCCGGGAAUCUACUAUUUUUCUUAUGAUAUCACAUUGGCAAAUAAGCAUCUGGCAAUCGGGCUGGUGCACAACGGGCAGUACCGGAUAAAGACCUUCGACGCCAACACAGGAAACCAUGAUGUGGCUUCAGGGUCCACAGUCAUCUAUCUGCAGCCGGAAGAUGAAGUCUGGCUGGAGAUCUUCUUCAAUGACCAGAAUGGCCUCUUCUCAGACCCAGGUUGGGCAGACAGCUUGUUCUCCGGAUUUCUCCUGUACGUUGACACAGAUUACCUAGAUUCCAUAUCAGAAGACGAUGAGCUGUGACCAGGACUGCUGACCAGCAGAUUCCAGAAUCCUUGUGGGAGACACUUUGAUUUCAUCGAGGGGCCCUGGAAGGUGGAACACACAGCAAUGAGAUCCAAAGACUCCGGCUCCGAUUCCAGAGUAUUUACAGACAGCUCUAGCGACAUUUAUUAUUAAAACAAGAUGAUCCACCAAACUAUUGAAACCUUACCAAGAUGAAUGAUAUAAAACAAUAACCCCAGAUAUGAAUUCUCUUGAAAGCAGUGUUCAUAAAUAUUUAAACAAAUCCAAGACAAUGUUAACAAUUUUUUUUUUAUUAAAUUCUUGAGUGAUCAGACCAGACGGCAAUGAUAAUGUCUCAUUAA